AUGUCAGCAGCCGUGGCGUGUCUGGACUACUUCGCUGCCGAAUGCUUGGUGUCCAUGUCCGCGGGCGCCGUGGUCCACCGCCGCCCGCAGGACCCCGAGGGCGCGGGAGAAGCCGCCGGCUCGGAGGUGGGUGCGGCGGCGCCGCCGGAGUCCUCUCUGCCGGGUGCGGGGCCACCGGGACCCGCGUCGGUCCCCCUGCUUCCCUCCGUCCCCGCCCCCAGCCCCGGCGCCGUGCGGCGCGCGCCCCACCUGCUGGCUGCCAGCGUCUUGGCUGACUUGAGCGGUGGCGCCGGGGAGGGCUUCGGGGAGAGCUCCGGGGAAAGCUCUGCGCGCUCGUCGGGCUUCUGCGGCCCCACCCCGUGCUCGGGGCCCCCCCUGUGCCUCGCCGGCCCUGGCCGCCGACCGGCCGAAGUUUCCUGGCCCGAGCACUUCUCCGGCGCGCUCGAGGUCCCCGAAGCACCUGACGGCUCCGGAGCGCCUGCCGACCUGGAUGCGGGCUCUGGCGCGACCCCUGGCGUGGGACCGGCCCCUGCCACGGGUCCGGGGCCCCGUCGGAGGCCAGUCACACCUGCUGCCAAGCGCCACCGCUGCCCGUUCCCGGGCUGCAACAAAGCCUAUUACAAGUCGUCACAUCUGAAGUCCCACCAGCGCACCCACACGGGGGAGCGCCCCUUCUCCUGCGACUGGCUCGACUGCGACAAGAAGUUCACGCGCUCCGACGAGCUUGCCCGCCACUACCGGACACACACGGGCGAGAAGCGCUUCUCCUGCCCGCUCUGCCCCAAGCAGUUCUCCCGGAGCGACCACUUGACCAAGCACGCCCGCCGCCACCCGGCCUAUCAUCCCGACAUGAUCGAGUACCGGGGGCGCCGUCGCACACCCCGCGUCCACGCGCAACCUGCCAGCCUGGUGGACAGCUCCGGCUCCGUCCCCGACCAGGCGUCCAGCCUUACCGCCAGCCUGUCUGACAGUCAUUGCUGCUAGUCGUCCCCCGCCAGGACGACCCCCCAGCCAUACUACCCCUGCCUUCUUUCUGCCCAACCUUCUUCCCCCCGGUGUCGUGCUACCAAGGCACAGACUGGUUCCUCCGCUCUGAGGGUGGGUCCAGACUGGCAUGCUGGACCCUGGGGAGGGCCUGGGGGCCUGAAAAGAGCAGGAAUUCCUACACCACGUAGAUCAUCCUGAAAGGGGGAGGGUUGCCUCCAGGCAACCCCUGGGAACUGAUGAGAAGGGAUGAACCCCCCAGUACUCUCCAGAGUCCUGAAGAUUCUCCCUUCCCUGGAAGCAGAGAUGUGAAACUGGAAUUCUCAGGUGCCUGAGGAGCUCCCGGUCUCGAAGGACUCUGGUGUCUUACCCACCCGCCAGGGCGGACCUUGAAGCGUGUAUCAGGGGUGGCAGUCUUGGCAGUGUCCAGGACUGGGAUGGUGAGAGGCCUUUGGAAACAGAAAUGAUUUCUAUUUCUGUAAACAGCAAUGUUUACUAAUUUAUUUUUAGUAUCUUUUACACAGGGAUCCCAGGUUGAUGGGAGGUUGAAGUCCUCCACUCCCCAGUUGCCCCAGCGACCUCUGCUAGGAGAGGCCAUGCUAGAGUCCAUGUGGAUGUGUGGCUGGGGGAUGCUUCUUGGUGUCUGGGGAAUGGUGCGCGCCCGCUUUGCAGGUCCUGUUGCUUGGUUUAGAACCCUGCACUUUCGUGGUAGCCUUUCUUCCCAUUUGGAUUCCUCGGUGGGGAGGGUAACUUCUUGGCUCACGCUCAUGUGAGAUUGGUUUAAAAUUUGGGGAAGCGACCAGAAAAGCACCAGAAAUCAAGGGGUGGUCCAGGCUAGUGCCCCCUUCUCCCAGAGGGUGAACCCAAAUGACUUUGGGUGAGAUAGAUCCACAACAACAUUCAGGGAAAUAGGGCAUGUGGUUCUGGCUGCCCACUCCAAGUAAUCUCAGGUGUUGUGGUAGAUUCCGUUUAUUUCUUAAUGGCUAACUAGGGGGGUUCUUUCUUUUGGGAUCUGUACAUGUUUGUUUCAGCAACAGGUGAGUUGGUAGUUUGAGGAGGGGAAGGUGAGAGUGGCUUCUUCCAAAGAGCUGGCUGCCCUGGAUUUGGGGAAGGAAAAGCCAGGUGAAAGCUAUUAUCAAAUAAAAGGACCCUUUCCCCCCGCCCCCCAACCCUUGGAAUCCUUCCAAGUUACACCCUCAGGACCCCUCUUUCCUAGUGCAGACGUGAGCAUCAACAGUAUUUAUUUUUUCUAUGUGUAUCUCUGCUGCUAUGAUGAAAUUGUCUGCCACUUUGCUUCUGUGUGUGUGUGUGAAUGUGUAUACGUGUGACCCUUUCGUUAGAGAUGGGGCUGGAAGGCAUUUCCUGCUCUGGUAAGGUUCUCCUCGGCCCCCUCCUGAAAGUCUUGUAAUAGUCUGUCAGUCACGCUUGUGGAAGAUGCCAUAAUCUCAAAGAGCUAUAACAGGCAUCUAGUUAAACUGCUUUCCGCUGUUUUGCAGAUGAAGACACUGAAACCUAGAUAAGCUCAAAGUCACGUGCUAAAUUGCUGGCAAAAGCCAUGGCUAGACGUUAGGUACCUGCUUUCUAAGUGAUUCCCUCACGCUUGGUUAUCCUACCUGCUUUCUCUCUGGGCCCUCAGUCCAAGGACCCCUCUCUCCCUUCCUGCCACCAGAUCCCCACCCUCCCUAUUCUCUAUCACUUCUGUGUUCCUUCAAAUGUUUGGUCCCUGCUGAAUCCUUUGCUUGUUGUGUUUAACCUGAAAGCCCUUUUCUUAGCAGGUUGAGUUCAUUUCCUCCUUCCACAUCCUGUGGACUUAAAGUGGGAAUGACUCUGGCAUCUUGGGAGAUAUUUUGUCUGUUGACUUGGCAGGUUAAUUUUCAAUGCCAAUUCUAUUCUCUUUCUGGUUCUGGGUGUUCCCGCGCCCUUGAGAGAGUGAGUGAUAUGAACCUGACAUGGGGACUCUACUAAGUGCUCCUGUACUAAACGAGGGAAAAGUCCUUAAGCAGGACCCAAAGGCUGUGGCCUGUGACUCUGAAGAUGUUUAUUGUUUCCUGAUGUGGACUAAGCAGGGAAGGUGGCUCUCUCCUUGGGUUACGAAUGGGAAAAGGAGGCUCCCAAUUGCGGAGGUGGGUUUUGGUGGUGGGAAGAGUCCUCGCUUUGCUCUGUUUGUCUCCUCAGCUGGAACUGGAUAGGAAGGGCACUCCAGGCCCCCUUGAGGACUAUGAUGUUCCCUUUCAGUAGAAGAUCUGCUGUUGGGUAGGUGGACCGAUGAAGCUAACAGGAGAGACUCCCGCUGACUGUUCUGGAAUCUGGCUCAAAAAGUUUGGCU